AAAGUCCGCGCUGCCGGCGCGGCUUGGCCGUUGCUGCGGACGCCCGGCUGGGGAGUGCGCCCGUGCGGGCCGCCGUGGGCCCCGGGUCCCGGGCGGGCGGACCUUCUCCGUGUGCGGCCGCCCCAGGGCUGUGAGACCCAGCGUCGCGGCUGCCGGUGCCCCGCCUAGUCUCCCGGCUCAGCCGCCUGCUCUCUCCGCGCCGCCUACACUGCAGGUUCGUCGGGAGCCGGUGGCGUUUCCUCCCGAAGCUGGACCCCGGCUGACCGCGCCCACGGCCGUGACCUCAGCUGCCCCCAGACCGCUCCCCACCGGCGCCCCCAGCCCGCACGCCCCGGUGCUGUUUGCAUACUUUGCUCCUCAUGGCCCUUUUUAUCAGGACUUGCUCCUGAUGGCCCUUUAUGAUUCUUCUGUCUGUAGGGGCCAAAAUGACAUCUCCCCUCCUCCGUCUGACAAAAUCUGCCCUCCUUGGUGCUGUGCUUCUGCAGAGGGGUGGCCUCGCUGUUCCCAUGGAUGUGGCCCAGGAGCAAGUGACCUUCUGGGACGUAGCCGUCUACUUCUCACGGGAGGAGUGGGAGUGUCUGGAACCCAGCCAGAGGGCCCUCUACCGGGACGUGAUGCUGGACAACUUCAGCAAUGUGGCCGCGCUGGGAUUUUGCAGCCCCAGACCAGACCUCGUCUCUCGCCUGGAACAGUGGGAGGAGCCGUGGGUUGAAGACCAGGAGAGACCUGAGCUGCAGGCAGUGCAGAGGGGCCCCCGCCCAGGGGCAGGGAAGUCUGCAGACCCCAAGAGACACUGGGAUCAUCCAACUCGGGCUCACAAGAAAACCCCCGUGCGGCGAGAAAGAGCCAGGGAAGGAAUCAGCUUUAGGAAGAGCUUCAGGCUGGACACAGAUGACAGGCAGCUUCCCAGAACUGCUCCGGAAAAGACAGACACCACGCCCGCGGCUUUCCCGUGUCAGCUUCUCACGCGGUGCUGUGGGCAGCGGCCGGGCCGCAGAGAGCGCCGGAGGCAGCGCGCCGUAGAGCUGUCAUUUAUCUGUGGCACCUGUGGGAAGGCGCUCAGCUGCCACAGCCGGCUGCUCGCUCACCAGACGGUGCACACGGGGACUAAGGCCUUCCAGUGCCCUGAGUGCGGCCAGACCUUCCGGUGGGCUUCCAACCUGCAGCGUCACCAGAAGAACCACACGAGCGAGAAGCCCUUCUGCUGUGAGGCAUGUGGGCAGGCGUUCAGCCUGAAGGACCGCCUGGCUCAGCACCGCAAGGUCCACACGGAGCACAGGCCCUACCCAUGCAGCGACUGCGGGAAAGCCUUCAAGCAGAAGUCCAACCUGCUCCGACACCAACUGGUGCACAGCGGGGAGCGGCCCUUCUACUGUGCGGACUGUGGCAAGGCUUUCCGGACCAAGGAGAACCUCAGCCACCACCAGAGGGUGCACAGCGGGGAGAAGCCCUACACCUGCAGCGACUGCGGCAAGGCCUUCCGGUGGCCCAAGGGCUUCAGCAUCCACCGGAGGCUGCACCUGACUAAGAGGUCCUAUGAGUGCCACCACUGCGGGAAGGGCUUCCGCCACCUGGGCUUCUUCACGCGGCAUCAGGGGACGCACAGGCACGGGGAAAUGUAGAGGCUCCCGAGGGCUGGGCGUGCGCCUCCGCGGCAGUGCUGGCUGAGGAGGGCUGCAGAGAGAAGAUGCUCUUCAGCCUGGAAAAUCAACCUGAGAAGCCGUCUCCGUCCCCACGGCUCCCCGGACCCCCAAGAAGUUUUACUGGGAAAACUGCCAGCAGGGAGAAGCGGAUCCAUGAGUAUGCCGGAGAUGGUGGGGGCUGUGCCCCAGCGCCAGGCACCUUGGGGACGUGCUGAGAGCGUGUGCGAACUUGGAGCAAGCCGCACUCCCGGCCUGGGCUCAAAGGCGGAGCAGCCUGCCUGGUGCGCACAGCUGUUGGCUCAGGGACUCCACCCCGGCCCCGGGUCGCUGUGUGCUGGGCCUUUCUUCCUGCCUCUGCACCCCAUACUCGCUGCCCGGUCUGGCUUCAAUUCCUGUCUCUGUCUUGGGUGAGGUGAGGCAGCUGUGAGCAUUGCACAGAGGCAAAACCCCUCCUGCAGCCUCUGCGUCUGGGCCAUAGAAACGAGAGCCUUUGUAAUACUGAAGGCUCGUUCACGGAUUAGUGAGGGUGCUCAGCUGGUUAGGCAGGCCACCCCCGUGCUGCAGAAAUGGCCUCCACCCAGCCCCGCCGCUCAGAGUCUUGGGCACGCACCUGGAAUUGGCAGAUCGAGUUGGGUCUCGGCAGUGCAGUGACCGUAUUUGCCACAGGGCGUUUCGUGGGGAAGAGGUGACCUCUGUUUUAAACUUAAGAUGUCUGCUUAACCAGCCAGAAAUAAACAUCUACCAGUGGUGAUCCCAAGGGGAGACCCCCAUGUUUCAGGUUA